AUGGCUCUUGUACCUCUAUUUCUCUCCCCCAUCGGUUCCCCCAAGCCCCUCUAUCUUUUCACUGUCAGUGAAUUUUCUCCUUCAACUCUCAACUCCUUUUACAAAUCCAUUCAUCUAGAUUUGCUUAACAAUCAAAGGAUAACGGUUCUUUGUGGAGCGGACCAGCGAAGCUCCAACCUAGAUUCUGCGAGGAAAAGAAAAAUCGUCGAACACGUUUGUCUCCUCAAAGCAAAGCAGGAUUUAUCAGAAGAGGAAGAGAACGACAUGCUCGAUUACUUGUACACAACGCAGUACCAAAUGGGUGGUGUUGUUGCAAUUUCAUUAGGGCGCGUUUCUACUCCAAAUCCAGAGCGUUACACGCAUGCACUGUUUAUGCGGUUUCAGAAGAAGCAAAAUCUUGAAAACUUUUACGAGAAUCCCUUUUACUUGAAGGUUCUCAAGGACCAUGUACUGACUUACUGCCAUGAAUUAGUUAACGUGGAUUUUGAAUCGGAAGUGGCCGAUGAGAUGCUUUCUAUAUUUCGCAAAGGAGAGGAGUUCAACCAUGGAGUGGAGUUUGUGCUUUUGAUAUCAUUUAACGAGGCUGCACUGGGUAACCAGGCAGAGCAUGCAUUGGCCUCUCUGUCAUCGAUGAUGUUGGAAUCCCCUUCCUUGAUAGUCCAAUAUACUCAAGGUUUGAAUUUUAGUCCAAGCUCUAAGGAGUAUACUCAUGGAGUUGUGAUACGAUUUCGAUCAGUUGAGGCAUUUGAGAUAUUUAUAAACAGCAAAGAGUACAAAAAUGUAUGGCAUUCUAAGUUCCAGCCUAUUGUCCACAAAUUUUUAUCACUUCAUUUUUCUGUUGAUCCUGUGGGAACUGAAAUUAUGUAG